AUGACCCUGAACACAACCAGCGGUCCGGUGAACCACAGGAUGGACAAGAUGCAACAACCGAGGCCGAGAGGGCCACCGACGCCCAGUAUGAGUACUCCCGCGCCAGACUUUGACCAGCAACAGCAACAACAGCAGCAGCUCACGGGUUCUCCCCCGCCACCUCCCACGCCAGCUGCUUCUCCUGGUCCAGCACACCCUCAGGCAGACUGGAGCGAAGCAGCCGAGGAUGAGGACUUCUUUCUCGCCCACGUUCGUCAACAUUUUCAGACCUGCUCCGGACCGCAGCGAAAUCGACUUCUGGCCGACCUGUUGAACAUGUGCACAACCCAGCAACUGAGUUUCGUACAUCAGUUCGUAAGCCCUCUGCUCAAGAAGGAUCCAUUCACAAGUUUGCCGGACGAGCUAUGCCUGCGGAUAUUGUCCUUCAUCGACGACCCCCUCGUCUUGGCCCGGGCUUCCCAAGUUUCCCGGAGGUGGCGAGAUCUGUUGAGUGACGAUGUGACAUGGAAGAACCUGUGUGUCAAGCACGACUACGGGCGUAGAUUGUCCGAAGUAUAUCACGGUGUCCCCAACCAUGCACCGACUCGACCAGGUCUCCACCCGCUAUCUGAUUCCGAUCAACCCAACCAUAGCUUCCCCGGGGCUUACCGACCGGCCCCGCCCAUGCAGCAAGUCUCGAGGAGUUUUGACGGUUCAGAUCGCCCAAAGCUGCGAUCUUACAAAUCUCACUUCAAGCAGAGAUAUUUGGUGGAGUCAGCAUGGCGCACUGGAGGCCGCAACACCAUUCGAACCAUUACACAGGACGGCAGGGUCGUGACUAGCUUGCACUUGACGCCCAAGUACAUUGUCGUGGCUCUGGAUAAUGCCAGAAUCCAUGUCUUUGACCGUGAAGGAAAUGCAUUGUGGACUUUGCAGGGACACGUUAUGGGCGUAUGGGCCAUGGUCCCAUGGGACGACUUAUUGGUGAGUGGUGGUUGUGAUCGUGACGUCCGAGUCUGGGAUAUGCAGACGGGGCAAUGCCUCCACACUCUUCGCGGCCACACUUCCACCGUAAGGUGUCUUAAGAUGUCAGACGCCAACACGGCCAUCUCGGGAUCUCGGGAUACAACUCUGCGAGUUUGGGAUAUUCGGACGGGAGUGUGCCGGAAUGUUCUAGUUGGCCAUCAGGCCAGCGUUCGGUGUCUCGAGAUCAAGGGUGAUAUCGUGGUUUCCGGCAGUUAUGAUGCAACAGCCAAGAUUUGGAGCAUCUCGGAGGGCAGGUGCCUGCACACGUUGAGUGGACACUUCAGUCAGAUCUACGCCAUUGCAUUUGAUGGCCAAAGGGUUGUCACCGGCUCCCUCGAUACUAGUGUUCGCGUCUGGGAUGCUCACACUGGUGAGCCUGUUGCAGUUCUGCAAGGGCACACUUCAUUAGUCGGCCAAUUGCAGCUCAGGGGUAAUACUCUUGUUACCGGAGGUUCGGAUGGCUCAGUCAGGGUCUGGUCUCUGGAAAAGAUGUGCCCCAUUCACCGACUGGCCGCCCACGAUAACAGCGUCACGAGCCUGCAAUUUGAUGAUACGCGCGUUGUCAGUGGUGGCAGCGACGGCCGGGUCAAGAUUUGGGAUGUCAAAACCGGUCAUCUCGUCCGAGAACUGAUUACAGCAGCUGAAUCUGUCUGGCGUGUCGUAUUCGAGGACGAAAAGUGUGUGGCUGUGGCUAACCGCGGGAACCGCGUUAUGAUGGAGGUCUGGUCAUUUUCACCUCCCGAGGACGUGUAUUCCGAUCGCCCAGUCUCUUUUCCCCAAGCUGCAGAAAAGGAGCCUGCAAGGACCUUGAACCUCGACUAUCGACGCUCCACUUUGGGCUUGCCGAGCAUUAUCCCGACUGACGACGAAGAUGUCGACAUGAGGGACGCUGCACCUUCGACAGCCCCUACUCAUACUACAACCUUUUUCCAUGACGAAGAGGAACACUAG